GGUUAGGGUCAUAGAAGGAGAAUAAGUGAAUUGGAUGGACUUGAGAGAGGUGCUGAAGAAAGGGACUCAGUGGGGUUUGCACUCUUUGUUCAUGGUUUGCUGACUGAUUCAGACCAGAUUCAGUGAAUCAUAUCAUGGGAGGAAGUGAGUAAAAUAGCCAAAUAUUGCUUAUUCUAUCAGCAAGCAUUGAUACUGUGCCUGAUCCGGGACACGAUUAUGCUAGACUUGGGGUCUCCGAAGUGAGUGAUGUAAUCCCUGGUCUCAGUGUCUGUGGAUGAGAACUCCAGUUAAGUGGAGAGUAAAAAAACAUGCUUAUUUACCAUGAUAGACGUCCAUGCUAAUGGUGUAUUACCACCCAGGGAAAGACUAACACGCUGUCCCAGUGGGCCCCUGAGGGUGGGUUGGUUUGUUCCUGGCAUUAUUAAUGUUCUGGGCAGCAGGCUAGUGUCUGGUGCUCAAGCCUUUGGAGGCUCAGAAGCCUUACUUCACCUGAGGACUCAUCUUACAUUGGUAGAUCCACAUGAACGAAGCUAAGCCAUAAUGAAUUAUUGGUUUAUGUUGAAAAUAGUGAGACUAAAUUUGAUGUUCCUGUUUUCUGAAUUUUGGUAAUGGAGUCACAGUGGGAGAGCACUGCCGGAGGGACCCGGGUACUCAGAAGUGUGCUUGAUCAGCACAUUCUCUCCCUGUAGGCAGACCUACAUGGGAGAAGGUUGCUGGGUGAGUAUGGAAUCGGAAUGGGAGGAUGUGGACAAGCUUUGAUAGCACUGGCCUGUAAGGUUGCCUGGGGAUACCAUUGGCUUGUAGUGAAGCUCUUGCUAGGACUUGUCUGUAGCCCCUGCCCUCCCCAGUCUCCAUUCACAUUAGGUCUGACCAGAGUAGUUGCGCUCUCCAGUAGAUGGUUAAAUGAACCAUGCUUUGUGGUCUGCUUUUUCAUGCCCUCACCCUUUAAAAAAAAAUCUGAUCAGCCAGUUACUGAUGUAAAAAUACAGUCAGAUACGUUCUAUUGGCACAGAAGAUGUUUUGUCUCUUUAACUCUAUUUUUCUUGAAUCAUGUGGGGGCUGACCAUAAAUUUAAACUCUUAGAUACUGUUUCCUCUAUUUUGAAAUUUUUGGGCAAACUCCUCAAGAAUGGACAACAAUAAGGAAAUUUUGCUACAGAGUGGUAAGUGCUAAGUUUAUAUGAUGGAGGUAAGCCCAGGGCGACAUGGUGGUUAUCUGACAGGAGCUACCUGAGAGACCAGAGGGUGGAAUCGUAGCUGGUAUCAUAGGGGUAGUGGUCAUUUACUUCAUGGUCACAUUGCCCUGUAAAAUUGUUACCCAAACAGCCUCUGUUGUCCACAUGUACCUGUUCUUGGUUGAGUGAACCAGGCUGGACACCUUGGCUUAGAGCAGUGGUUCUCAAAGUACAUCUCCCAGGGUGCUUCCUGGAAAGGCUGUUUCCCGGGGAGCCACAGACCUCAUAAAUAUUCACCCCUGGAAAGGCAGGUGCAUUUCUCUCCAGCACCCACAGGUUUGAGAACCACACCCUGAAGGCAUCGAGCCAGUGUGCACUCAUAGUCUUGGAGCUGGGGUGAACGGAGGCACAGGCUGGCCCAUCUGCCAGUAGUGGGUACCUAACCCAGGAGGUGAGGUAGGCCCGGGCUGGGCCAGCACUUUCCUCCGCGUGCAUGCUGAAGUAGAGAAUGUCGGUCUGCAGAAAGAGGCGGGAGAAUGGAGCAAACGAGAGGAGAGAAGAGACCACACACCCUGCUGUCCCUGAGAAGCAAAGAAAGUAACUUCCUCGAUUGCUGCCUUUAAAGUUCUCAAUUCCAGCCCCCUUUAAUGAGGUCCCUGGCAUUUUGACUCUGUUCCCGUGGAUAGCCGCUUGUUCUGAAGUUCCAGAAAGGAUCCUAUUCCCAAACAGACAUUUAAAAAAAUCUUUUUUUAACUUACUGGUUUUCCUUUUAAAACAAAAAAGAAUUUUUGCUGCAUGUGGUUUUGUUGUUCUCUGGAAGUAAAGCCAGAAGUGCAAAACUGUCAGGUAAGUUAAUUCACCCAAACCUAGAUUUCUUUCCUAUAUUGCCUACUUUCUUGCUCCAGUUGUGGCUGACCACUCAUCACGGCUGCAUAACAGAACUCACAUGCAAUUAAGAUGGUUUAGGUGAGGGGAACUUUACAGCCUUAGUUGGUUACGUGAGAAUAAAAGGAAGAUGGAAAAUUGGCUUUUAUACUCCGUCUAAAAAGGUUUCUUAAAAAGGAAGGGGACAGAUACCAAAAUAAAGACAACUAAGGAAAUAAAUGAUACAGAGGAGUAUCGGAGUGGAAAGCUGGUUCUUUGGAGACAACCUAGAUCUUUGACAAGGUUGAUCAAAGCAAGAGGAUGUGCAGUAGCUCGAGGAAGCCUGAUGGUCGCUUGAUCGCUUUCUCACCCUUGAGGUCCCCGAGUACUGACUGUCCCAGGCUGCCGCGUCUUUCCUGUUGACUCAUGUUGGGUUCCUCCAGUGAAAAUUUUCCUUAGAGAAAUGCUGCCUCCAAAGUACUUGUCCGUCACCAAACCCAAGAAGUCCUGGGCCCCAAAUCUGUGUGAGCUAGACAGUGACUUGUCUCAGGAGCCGGAUGCCGUCGUAGGGGAAGGCGCCACUGACUCUGAGUUCUUCCAUCAGAGGUUUCGGAACUUCCUCUACGUGGAAUUUGUUGGGCCUCGGAAGACCCUGCUCAAACUCCGAAACCUCUGCCUCGAUUGGUUGCAGCCGGAGACUCGCACCAAGGAGGAGAUUAUCGAGCUCUUGGUCCUCGAGCAGUACCUGACCAUCCUUCCAGAAAAGAUCAAGCCUUGGGUGCGCGCAAAAAAGCCGGAGAACUGCGAGAAGCUCGUUACUCUGCUGGAGACUUACAAGGAGAUGUACGAACCGGAAGACGACAGCAGCAGGGACGCCCGUGGCGAAGGCAGCAUGAGCCGGAAGGCAGCAGAGUCCCCGCCGCCGCCGCGCUCCGCCUACCCCUGCUGCAGUGACCGGGACUGGGACCAGGACUGGGAGCGAGACCGGGAGCGGGAGCACCGGAGGGGCAGAAGCAGGGAUCUGGAGUCGCGGGCCCGCUGGCCACACGCCAGGAACCCCAGGAGCAGGUUUCAUGCGCGGGAUCUCUCCCUUCCUCUCAUGGAGAAGGCGACCUUUGCAAAGGAAAGAGAGCACAAAUGUAGGGACUCCAUGAUGGAUUACGAGGCGAGGCCCCAGGAGGCCGUGUCCUACCAGGAUAUGGUGGACCUCACCGAGGACCGGAAGCCCCAGAACCCGAUUCAGGACAACAUGGAGAACUACCGGAAGCUGCUCUCACUGGGGGUUCAGCUUGCCGAGGACGACGGCCACUCGCACAUGACCCAGGGCCACUCGUCGAGGUCAAAGAGAAGUGCCUACCCGAGCACCAGCCGAGGUCUGAAAACUAUGCCUGAAACCAAAAAGUCAGCCCAUCGGCGGGGGAUCUGUGAAGAUGAAUCUUCCCACGGGGUGAUAAUGGAAAAGUUCAUCAAGGACGUUUCGCGCAGCUCCAGAUCGGGGAGAGCAAGGGAAGCUGGCGAUCGGCUGCAGAGGCUCCCCAGGAGGCCAGACAGCGAUUGGAAGGAGGUUUCAUUCAACAAGAGGGAGUCGGUGAUUCAGGAGAGGGGCCAUGAAGGGAAUGCCUUUGGGGGAGGAGGCUUCAAUUUUAACUCACACCUGGUUUCCAGAAAGAGAGUUCUUGAGAGAAAGAGGCGCUAUCAUUUCGACGCAGACGGGAAGGGCUCCGUGCGUGAUCAGAGAGGCGGGGCGCGGAAGCGGCCCUUCGAGUGUCACGAGGUGAGAAAGGCCGCCAGCGUGAGCAGCCUCAGUGCACCGCCGGUGCCAGAGUCGCAGCCGUUCGACUUCGGGGCGCUGCCCUACGUGUGUGACGAGUGCGGGGGGUCCUUCAGUGUGAUCUCGGAGUUUGUGGAGCAUCAGAUCAUGCACACCAGGGAGAAUCUGUACGAGUAUGGCGAGUCCUUUAUCCAUAGCGUGGCCGUCAGUGAGGUUCAGAAAAGGCAGGCCGGAGGGAAACGCUUUGAGUGUAAGGAGUGUGGGGAAACCUUCAACAAGAGCGCCGUCCUGGCCGAGCACCGGAAAAUUCACGCCAGAGAUUAUCUUGCGGAGUGCAAGGACGAGGAGGACGAGGAGCCCUUCAUGCCCAGCCCAACCUUCAGUGAGCUCCAGAAGAUAUAUGGGAAAGACAAAUUCUAUGAGUGCAAGGUGUGCAAGGAAACCUUCCUUCAUAGUUCUGCCCUGAUAGAGCACCAGAAAAUCCAUGGCCGAGAUGACAAGGAUAGUAGUGAGCGUGGGGAAGCCUUUAAACCCAGUCCAGCGCUUAACGAGCUUCAGAGGGUGUGUGGGAAAGAGAAAAUGUACGAGUGCAAGGUGUGUGGGGAGACCUUCCAUCACAGCGCGUCCCUGAGAGAGCACCAGAAGAUCCACAUCCGAGGAAACCCAUUUGAAAACAAGGGCAGAGUGUGUGAGGAAACCUUCAUUCCUGGUCAGUCCCUUAAGAGACGCCAGAAAACCUCAAAAGAGAAGCUCUACGACUUUAAAGAUGGUGGGGAUGUCUUUAGGCAAAGCUCAGACCUCAUCGAGCGCCAGAAAACUCAUUCUCGGAAGAACCUCUUCGAAGGCCAGGGGUGUGAGAAGUCUGUCAUUCACAGUAUGUCUUUCCCCGAAUCUCAGAAGAGUCACACUAUAACCAGGCCACCCGAGGAUGAGGAGGACAAGAAGGCGCUCACCAUCAGCUCCAGCCCCGAUGACAGCCGGGAAGCCCUGUCCUACGGAAGGAGCCCAUACGAGAGAUCUGUCAUUCACAGCUCAGCCUUCGCCAGGGCUCAGAAAAGUCACAGCAAACUGAGAGUGAUUGCAGCGGCGACGGUUCAGAGCUCGGGUACCACCGAACAUCGGAAAGUCCACGCUGGGGAGGGUACCUCUGAAAGAAAGAGGUACGAGAGGUCCGUCAUCCACAGCCUAGCCACUUUCAAGCCUCCCCGUGGCCUUGGUGGAAACGAGCUCCUCGGCUGUGACGAGGUGGGGGAGUCCUCCGCUUACCUCUUAGACCCUCGUGACCAGCUGCGGAAGACUCUUGCCCGAGAGAACCCCUACGUAGGGGGUAAGAACAACAUCUUCAAGGGCUCCGUUAUACACACCGCAGCUCAGGACAGUCUUGCUGGGGAGGGCCCCAGUGGAUGGAAGAAGGACGGCGAAGCGUCUGCUCCCAACCCAGACGUCCGCGAGCAUCAGAAGGCUCGUGCCAAGAAGAAGAACAUCGAGCGUAGGAAUUACGAGGCCUCUGUAAUACACUCACUGCGAUUUGGUGAACCUCAAACGUUUCGCCCUAAAGAGAAAUUUUAUGAAUGUCCAGAGUGUGGAGAAUCCUUUGUUUGUAGCUCCGACCUCACUGAGCAUCAGAAGAUUCAUGAUAGAAAGAAGCCCUCCGGAAGUAAAGACUACUUACGAUCUGUCAUUCGCAGCUUAGCCUCCGCUGACCCUCAGACCAGUUACGCAGACCAGUCAGUGCAGACAGCUUCUGCAGGAUCAUCAGCUCAGACCGGUUACGCUGAAGCACCGGCUCAGACCGGUUACGCUGAACCUCCGGCUCAGACCGGUUACGCUGAACCACCGGCUCAGACCGGUUACGCUGAAGCACCGGCUCAGACCGGUUACGCUGAACCUCCGGCUCAGACCGGUUACGCUGAAGCACCGGCUCAGACCGGUUACGCUGAACCUCCGGCUCAGACCGGUUACGCUGAACCUCCGGCUCAGACCGGUUACGCUGAACCUCCGGCUCAGACCGGUUACGCUGAACCACCGGCUCAGACCGGUUACGCUGAACCUCCGGCUCAGACCGGUUACGCUGAACCUCCGGCUCAGACCGGUUACGCUGAACCUCCGGCUCAGACCGGUUACGCUGAACCUCCGGCUCAGACCGGUUACGCUGAACCUCCGGCUCAGAGCGGUUAUGCUGAACCACCCAUUCGCAAUGAAUGUAAGGAGUGUGGGGAGUGCUUUGCCACCAUUGAAGACCUUGGCACACAUCAGAAAAUCUAUGCCCAAGAGAAAUUCCAUGGUGAGAAGCUGUUUGGAGACUCUGUGGUUCAGGGUGUGGGCCUCAAAGGACCGCAGCAGGAAGAGCCUCGGCAGGGAGAGCCGGAUGAGCUGGACGAGCAGGACGAGCCUGAAGACGCCAUCUAUGGGUGUAAGGACUGUGGGCUGGGCUUCGCAGAUCGCGCAGACCUCAAGGACCAUCAGAAGGUUCACGGCAGAGAGUACCUCAUCGACAGCCGCGAGUACACGCAUUCCGUGGUCCACACCCGUUCUGUCAGUGAGUAUCAGAAAGAUCACAUUGGAGAGCAGCUCUACGAGUGCCCGGCCUGUGGAGAGUCUUUCGUUCAUAGCUCAUUCCUUUUUGAGCAUCAGAAAAUCCACGAGCAAGACCAGUUUUACGGCCACAGGAGGUACGAUGAGCCUUUCGUGCAGCCCUUGGUCAUCAGCCCACGGCGGCCUCGGGCCCCACAGAAGAGUCCCCCCGCCGGCACAUCCCUGCAGUGCCAAGUGUGUGGCCAGGACUUCAUCCACGGCUCUGUGCUUAGCGAACACGUGAGAGUCCAUACUGGAGACGACCUGCCGGAGCAGGGUCAGGGCAGCGCGGACGCAGUCUGUCCAGGCUCCGCCCCCACAGAGCUUCAGAGAGACCAGGCUGAGGACAAGCACCACGAGUGCAAGACCUGUGGAGAGUCCUUCCGCAGCCAGGCAGACCUGCGGGAGCACAUGAGAAUCCAUGAGAGGGACGAGCCCUAUGACUACGGGGCCGCCUUUAUCCACACCUCCUUCCUCACCGAGCCCCCCAAGAGGGACUCGCCCUUCUACGAGUGCAAGGACUGCGGGAAGUCCUUCAUCCACAACACAGUCCUCACGAAGCAUCAGAAGCUGCACCUCGAGGAAGAGGAAGCAGCCGCAGCCGCCCAGGAAGUCGAAGCCAACGUUCUGGUUCCACGGGAAGUUCUGCGGAUCCAGGGAUCAAAUGUGGAGGCCGCAGAGCCGGAGGUGGAGGCCGCGGAGCCAGAGGUAGAGGCUGCAGAGCCCAACGUGGAGGCUGCCGAGCCCAAUGGGGAGGCUGAGGGGCCAGAGGGGGAGGCCGCCGAGCCCAAUGGGGAGGCUGAGCAGCCCAACGGGGAGGCCGAGCAGCCCAACGGAGAUGCGGAUGAGCCGGACGGGGCAGGGAUUGAGGACCCGGAGGAGAGAGCAGAGGAGCCAGAGGGAGACGCAGAUGAGCCAGACGGCGCAGGGAUCGAGGACCCGGAAGAGGAGGGGGACGACCAGGAGAUCCAGGUGGAGGAGCCCUUCUAUGACUGUAGGGAGUGUGGAGAGACCUUCGCCUCCAGUUCGGCCUCCGGCGAGCACCUGAAAACCCAUGCCAGGGUGGUAAUAUCCGAGCCCGGAAGCGUCUGUGGGGAGAGCCCCCACUACACCGAGCACGCCAGCACCAGCAGCAGUGACAGCGGCAGGGCCGACGACAAGUACUUCAAGUGUGACGUCUGCGGGCAGGUCUUCAGCGACCGCCUGUCCCUGGCCAGGCACCAGAACACCCACACCGGCUGAGGACUUGGCUGUUGGGGCUGGAAAAGCUUCACUAGGACUGGACGCUUACUAAACCACAGAGAAUUGGAACCAACCCAUGAUGAUGUCGAAAGGAAACUUCCCUUGGCGUGUACACCCCUGACUUUGAACAUCAGACAACACAGCCUGGAAGGAAACUGAAGGUGGAGACUCCUUCAGACUUAGCUCUUCCCCAUCAAACAUCGGUGUAUGCAUGCGGGAAGCCAUAGCACAGAUCUGACCUUCCCCCCGAGGGGUCACUUGGACAGAAAACCCGAGGGGUUUUUGAUGCUGCGGAAAUUGCCCCAUCUGUAAAUGACACUCCUGCAGUGUUUCCUGACAUGUGUAAAAUAGCAGAUCAUAGCAAACAGUACUCACGUGUAUUUGGACUUGAUAUGAUAUCCAGUUACAGUUUACUUGCAGAGGUACCUUACCUGGUACUCUUUGAUUUUUCUUUUUCUUUUCUUUUUUUUUUUUUCUUUUUUUUUGGAGGAGGAAGAGAGCAACAAAUUAGAAUAUGUUUGUAAGCAUCUUAGAUCCUUAGACUUAUUGUGCGUUGCUUGAGCCCCAUCCAUAUCUUCUUGAGUAAUUGACCGUGUCGUUCCUUACGCUCAUGUUCCUGUAAAGGUGCAGGCGUGAAAGAUAAAAUGUCUUUUCUGCUUUGCUGAUUGAAAGGGGAAGCGCUUGGAGCUUCCUUUUCAGCCGUUUCGUCUACACCAACACUUUGGAACCUAGUGCUGUGGAAGCCUUUACGGUAUGUGGAUUGGCCUUUUGUAAUCCCAAGUUGAUUGGUUGCCACCUUGUACUUCACAGUGGUUCUCAUGCAAAAAAUAUUUACAAGUUUCUUUUUUUUUUUUUUAAACCAACUUGAUGUCUGUUCGAUGGUGAAUUCACAAAAGCUGAAGCUUUUCCCUGUAAAUCUUACGUCUUUGCCUUUAAAGAGUGGGUUGCAACCAUCACUAGAUCACACGCGUGCCUAAUGAAGGUUGAGACCGCAGGGAGGGGCUCUCAUGCUGUAAAUAAGGGUGCGGGCUGCCGACUUCACCACUUCCUUUGCGUGCUUCCUGCCUUAAGUGACAAGUAGCAACGUGGCUUCGUCCGUAUGUGCCGCCACAAGUCAAUUUGCACCCUGGGCGCCCAGGAGCUAGUAUCCUUGGAGCUUUCUAGCGUGAAACUUAAUCCUUGUCUUCACCUGUCUGACCCUCAACCCCAUGUCUAACUUGCAUUUUUUUAAGAAAAAAGAAAAGCUUUCUUUACAGUCAACUCAAGCUUAACAUGGACUCAGGUUCCCCAGCAGCCUUAAUUUGUUUCGUUGCCAUCUGUCCCUUCCUCUUAAAUAUUCCCCCCGAGUAAGCACUUCUCAGCUGUCCUUCCAAGCGUUGUGUCUGUCUGGUCGUCUCGGUUUCCCCUGUGAUCACAAGUUGACCUCACGCUCGCGGUUUCCUGUGUCCUGUUCUGUGGACCAUCUGUGCUCCUUUUGCUCCCCACCCCUUGCAUUAAUGAUUAUUAAGAAAUUUUUUGGCUUUGAGUUGGCUGGAAAAAAAUUUAAAAAUUUUAAAAAAAUUUUAAAAAGAGGAUCUUGUAGAUUAAGUGAGCAGAAGAUAAGAGCAGAUCAUUUGGGUGAGCAAAGUUAAAAUACCUGCUGGGGAAACAUGUCUAAAUCUCACUCUCCUAGGUCUGCACGCUUAGGGUUUGGGGAGAGCAUGUCGGAGUUGGAGGGAAUGCCAAAGUCGAAGGAGCUUGGUGGGGUGAGAGCAGGAAGCAGAAGGGAGUAAGCCAAAGACAGGAGUCCUGAUACGUCAGCAGACCUAGGAGGGUGAGGAAGUGGAUGGAAGCAACAUCAGAAGCAGGGAUUGGAAGGCCAGGUUGGGGAGGAUGAAUGAGCAGGAUAUCCUGGGCCAUUGAGAAGAAGGGGCCAAUUUGGUGGCCUGGUGUAGGUGAGGGCCAGCUGCGUGAGAAGACCCGAGGUUGGAACGGAUGCCCGGGAGAACUGAGGGGCCGUGAGGCAUGGCAUCGGGGAGGACCCCUGAGUGGGAGCCAGUGUCGGUGUGGUCAGGGCGAACUCACGCUCAUCAGUGUUGGCAGUAUUAACUGGUAGAACCUUUCAGAAAGCAACUUGCCAAAGGUCAGGGUGUCUGUUCCAACCUCUGGUUAGUGAAACAUUAGGAACAACUUAUAAAUGCCAAAAAUAGGAGAACAAUUAAGGGAUGUCUGUGGACUCUUAAUGCAGCUGUUUAAGAAUGAUAAUCAUGGAGAGUUAUGUAGCAACAUGGAAAUAUAUUUACGGAAUACUAAGUGGAAAAAACAGGACACAGAAUUAUAUUUAUACUACAGUUAUAAUUGUUUAAAAGUGUAUGCUUAUAGUCAAACGCUGUUGUGUUGUUCUUGUAGGCUUAUAGUUGAGCAUUAUUUUCUUAAAUUCCUUGAAUGUUCUUUAUGGUAGUGUUACUAAAAAGUUUAUAAUCACCUUUCCAUUGUGAACAUAAUUUGAACUCAUUAUCAGGCACUUGGAAAAUACAGAAAAGUGGAGGAAAAAAAAAUCCAUCUGCCCACCAUCCAAAGACAGAUACACUCCUCACUAUGUUGUUUAUUCUUGUUUCUGUGCACAGGUGUAUAACUGUGUCAACACGUGUACUCACAGUAGCCGUUACCUUUGUGGAAUUAUGGUUAAAAACUUUCAUCUUAAUGUUUUCAAAUGUUCCUUAUAAUAGUGUCCUGAUAACAAAGUUUAUUAUGUUUGUUUCUAUUACAAGCAUAAUACGUACCCAGAGGAAUAUUGGAAAACACAAAAUAAAUUAGAAAAGAAAAAAAAGUCACCCAUAUUCCCAGCACCCAGCAACUGCUGUCAUCUUGAUAUAUUUCCUCCAUCUCGUGUCAGUACACAAGCUUGUGAUUACAAGUGUUGAAUAUAUGUGCAUAAAGUCUAAAAUGAAAAAAAAUAUGGAAAAUAAAAUAGUGUUGUCGUUGUGGGAUUAUGGUUAAAUAUUUUGUCUCAAAUUCCUUGAAUGAUCUUUGGUGUUUUGGUAUUAAAUCUUACACAUGUAUUUUUCCAUUACAAACGUAAUGCAUACUCAUGGCAGACUUUGGGGAGAUUCACUAAAGUAAAAGAAGAGAAAUUCACCUGUAUUCCCGACACCCAACAAUCAUUGCUGUUAGCACCCUGCUCUGUGCGCAGUCUGAUUAUUGGGGUGUUCAUGAUGUGUGUGCAGAGGGUCAAAGAUGGGAAGAAACAUGGGACACACUUAAGAAAUGGUUGUAUGGUCAUUGUGGGAUUACGGUGAAGUAUUUUGUCUCGGUUUCCCAGAACAGUCUUUUUUAUCGUGUUUUGGUAACCUACCUUUAUUCCAUAUAUUUCCAUUAUAAACACAGUAUGUGUUCAUUAUAGAAACUUGCAAGUUACAGAAACGUAGAAGAGAAACUCACCCAUAUUAUCAUCCAAAGACUGUGGGUAACAUCUUGAUGUAUUUUCUUCAUCUUAUUUCUGUGCACAGGGUUUUGGUUUGUUAAUAUGGUUGUGGUCGUUCUAUCUAUCUGUAAUAGUGUCAACAAUAAAAAUAAA